AUGGCUCAUCACAUCGCGUUUUUUCUAUGCGUUUUGUUUCGAUUUGGAGAAUUUAUCGAUCCUGAAUGUCAUAUGACAACGGCUGAUAUCGGGCGACAUUUCGGAUAUAAGUCUCAUGUUCAUAUCAUUCAAACUCUCGAUGAUUAUAUAAUUGAGGUCAAUCGAUUCCCGUGCAAACAAAAUGAAGACUGCGAGGUGCCGUCAAAACGACCGGUUGUUCUAAUGCAGCACGGCUUGCUCUCCGAUAGUUUCUGCUGGAUUCCAAAUAUGCCCUCACAAUCUCCCGGAUUUGUGUUCGCUGACGCCGGAUUCGAUGUCUGGAUUGCCAACAGUCGAGGAACUCCGCAAUCGCAAAAACACAUUGGAUUCGGACCAGAAGAUAAUCGAUUUUGGAAUUUUACAUGGCAGCAGAUGUCGGAGUUCGACCUGACCGCGACCGUUGAUUACAUUCUGAGGAACACUUCACAGGAUUUCAUAUAUUAUUUGGGGCAUUCACAAGGAACCAUGAUAAUGUUCGCGAGAUUGGCUGAGAAUCGAGAAUUCUCCAAAAAGAUUCGUCAAUUCCACGCGUUGGCGCCAGUGGCCACAGUUUCGCAUAUUGGCGGUCUGUUUCGACUUCUUGGUCGUAGAUUCUUGAGUAUUGUGCAAGUUUUGCUUGACCGACUUCCAUAUUCACCGCUAACAAUACCGAAAACCAUACAGAAACUCAUAGGAUAUUUUUGCAGCAAAUCGUUUAUUCAAAAUAUUUGCACGCUAGAUAUUGGAUUUAUCGAUGGCAAUGAGAAAAUGUUCAAUGAGUCUCGAACUGGAGUUUAUUUGUGUCACACUCCAGCAGCGACGUCUGUCAAAGAUUUACAGCAUUGGAUUCAGCUUGUUGAAGCUCAAAAAGUUCAAAAGUUUGAUUAUGGAUUAGAAGGAAAUCGCGCCGAGUAUGGACAAGAUAUCCCACCAAUUUAUAAUCUUUCAAAUAUAAACACCCCAACGUAUCUGUAUUGGAGCAAAGACGAUAUUUUGGCUGAUACAGAUGAUAUUAGAGAGACAAUUUACAAACAAAUGAACUCAACAAUUGCUGGAUCGUUGGAAAUGCGCCAUUAUUCUCACAUGGACUUUGUUUUUGGUUUAAAUGCUUCAAUCGAACUCUAUCCCGGGAUCAUCCGAACGAUCAAAAAUGAUUUCGACAGCUGGCGUCGAUACAGAAUGGUCCGAUUACAAUCACAAAACUAA